AUGUCUCGAGACAAGGAUUAUGAGGCAAAGGCAAGACUUAUGGAUAGUGACAGUGAGGAAGAGAUUUGGUCACAUAAAUCUAAAAAGAAGCCAAGUAAGAUAGGAUGCAGUAGUACAGAGCAACAGUUGGUUGUUGUACUUAUCGUGUGUAUAUUCAUCAUAUUAGCCAUGGGAGUCUUCCUCUUGUACCAGCAAUUCAAAGUCAAAUCCAUGGAGCAGGUGUGCGACACUCCUAACUGUGUGAGGACGACAGGGAGCCUGCUAACGAACAUGGACCUAAAUGCAGAUCCUUGUGUGGACUACUACGAAUACGCCUGUGGCAGGUACGCUGAAGAGACGACUAUUCCUCCAGAAAAAAGCAAGUUUGGAAGCUUUAAUAGGGUUCUAGUGAAGAAUCUAGCUACAGUGAAAAAGUUGUUAGAUAAAGAGGGCGCUGAAUAUCAGGGAAAGAACUCAACAUCAAUCAAAAAAGCCAAGGAUUAUUACAAAGCGUGUAUGAAUACCUCAAGAGUAGAUGAGAGGGGAGCUGCACCCCUGAGGAAGUUAUUGAAGGACUUUGGUUCCUGGACCGUGACAUCAGGGGACUCUGGAACCUGGGAUGAAAGUUCAUGGAGGUUAAAUGACACUCUGGUGCUCCUUCAUCAACAUAACAUACAGUCUUUCUUUGAAAUGGGGGUCAGCAUGGACUCCAAGAAUACAUCAAAUAAUAUCAUUGCAUUUGAACAGUCUGGUUUAACAUUGGAUGAGAGUAACUUCUACGAUGGAGACUCAGCUAAAAAGUUAAAGAAAGCAUAUAUAGACUACUUUACCCAAGUUGGAGUACUGCUGGGAGCUAAGCGUGCAGAUGUCAACAUGGUAGCCAAUGAGGUCUAUGAUUUUGAAUAUAAACUUGCUAAAGCAUUUAUUCCGAAGGAAGAACUCUUAGAUCCUGUGCAAUAUUAUCACAAAGUACCAUUGAGGAAUCUCACUGAAACUAUAGGCAGCAUGUUCUCAAUGAAGGAUUACAUGCGUGCAAUGUUUGGCAAAGAAAUACCAGAGACAGAGCUUGUUCUAAGCUACACUCCUUCAUACUUCACUAAGAUGGUUGCAAUUGUACGCAGCACACCACCCAGAACUCUGGCAAAUUACAUGAUGUGGAAUGUGGUUGAUGCAUCAAUAGGCUACCUGCCAGUACCCUUCAGAGAAGCUGCCCUCAUCCUUACCAAUGCACUCUCAGGAGUGUCUGCUCUGUCCCCUACUUGGGAGAGAUGUGUUGCUAAGACCACAGAUGUGGUGGGAUUUGCAUCCAGUGCUCUUUUCCUUGAACAGCACUUCACAGAGAAAGAUAAAAAUCUGACAGAGAACUUGGUCAAACGGUUACGUGAGGCCCUCAUUGACAACCUCCCAUCAGUUGAAUGGAUGGACAAGACAACAAGGGACAGAGCUAAGGACAAGGCUGAGGCAAUUGUUCAGUUCAUAGGAUAUCCAGAUUUUGUCAAAAAUGUUGACAAGUUGGAUGAACAUUAUAAGGAGCUUAAUGUGUCAGAUGAUGAAUUUUUUGAGAAUAUGUUGAGGGCCAGGAGAUAUGGUAACCGCAGGAAUAUAAAAGACUAUGGGAAACCACCAGAUAAAACUAGAUGGAGCAUGAAACCAACUGAAGUGAAUGCAUACUAUAGUAGUACAUCCAACAAAAUUGUCUUUCCUGCUGGUAUUCUACAGAAGCCAUUUUACUCAUCAGAGUUCCCGAUGGUUAUCAACUUUGGGGCUAUGGGCAUGGUAGUUGGUCAUGAACUGACUCAUGGCUUUGAUAAUAGAGGUAGAAAAUUUGACAAGGUUGGUAACAUGGUGAAUUGGUGGACAAAUAAAUCUGCUGAAGCUUAUGAGGUUCGGAGCAAGUGUAUAGAAGAUCAGUACUCUAAAUAUACCAUUCUUGGGAAACAUGUGAAUGGUAAGACAACACUUGGAGAGAACAUAGCUGACAAUGGAGGGGUCAACAUAGCAUUUAAGGCCUAUGAGAAAUGGCGGAGUGAACAAUCGGGAAACCAGCCAGUCCUGCCUGCCCUCAACAUGACUAAUAACCAGCUUUUCUACCUGGGAUUUGCUCAAGUAUGGUGUUCGUACUAUACACCCACAUACGCCAAGAAUGCAUUAGUGACAGAUGUGCAUGGACCUGUCAAAUGGAGGGUGAAUGGUGUAUUAUCAAACAAUAAAGACUUUGCUAAGGCGUACAAAUGUGCAGAGAAUAGUCCCAUGAACCCAGCAAAGAAGUGUGUAGUUUGGUGAUGGGAUAUAAACGUUUGCUAGGCAAACGUAAUUGUGAACAAACAUGUGAUGUCAUGAUUGAAAUUGUGAAUGAACCUCACAAUAUAAGGGCAGGGAUAAGUUAACAAUACAGAUUAUAAAAAUGAAAGUAAAUUGCUAGCAAGCUCAGGGUGUGCAAUUCUUACAAUUGUGAACAAAUACAACAUAAAUUAUUAAUAUUGAACAAACACGAUACAAAAUGAUCAUCUUACAUAAAAAAUUGUGAAUAAACACAACUAUUUAUGCAUAUAAAUUUAAACAUGAAAUGAUGAGAAUCGUGUACGCUUGCUCAAUGUGACACGGUUCACUAAGUGUUAAAUUUACAAUGCAUUAGUUACUGUAGUUUGCAAUUUUAAAUUCUAUGUUUUAUAAGAAAGCAAAAUUAGAAGAGAAAAGAUCUGUAUUUCUAUGAAUUAAGAAUUAGAUUAAAGCUUAGUUUAUAGGAGGUUAAGUCUCAAUGCAACAUUGCAGUUAUAUUUUAUUUCAAGACAUCAACUGAUUGCUGUUAUAAUGUGGGAUUCAGUGCAUGUGUAUUAGGUACUCAAGAUUCUCACUUAUAGACCAUGGGCACUUACUUGAAAAAGAGGUACUAUUUUUGAUAGAAAAUGCCAUUGGGUGAAGUUUUUGAGGAAUUGAAUCAUCAUACACACAAAGCGCAUUAUUAGCUAUUGAAAGAAAUGAAAGAACAAUCAACCAUAUGAGUUCUGUCAGAAUGUCAUAUUUAAAAGUCACCCCUGGCCUUUAAAAAGUGUAUAUACAGUGUAAGCUGUUAAGUGGAAUACCUCUUUUAUUGGAAUACCUCACAAGUGAAACACUUUUUAAAGGUGCCAAAGGUGUUCCACUAAGACAGGUUUUACUGU